CUACGUAUUAAACCAAGGUAAACUUUUACCGGUUACCUGAUAUUUAUACGAUCUGGCUGUCACGUAUACAGCUAGGGAAGAAUAAAUACUGAUAUUUUGUUUUAAUAUCCUAUUUCUUCCCAAGCAAAGGAUACUACAAUGGAUCUCCAAAUGGACGGCGUCGUCGAACUGAAUGUUGGGGGGACAUUGAUGACAACAUUGAUGAGUACGCUGAAAAAGGAACCUAGAAGUAAGCUAGCAGUCAUGUUUAGUCUACCUGAAGCCAUCGCAAAAGACAAAAACGGUCGCUGUUUUAUAGACUGCGACAGUGAAAUAUUUGCAUACAUUUUAAAUUUCCUCCGAUCUGGCACCUUACCACGACAGGAACGGGUUUUAGAGGUGUAUGAUCUCGCUUUGUUUUUUCAAAUUCAGUCAUUGGUUUCACAGUUAGAACACAACUACGCCAUACAAUACCGAAACCAAAUUACCGAACAAUAUAAAUGCUUGAGAAAAAGUGGAGAGUACGAGCAACAGAAAAAAAAUAUUGUCGAAAAGAUUCUAGAAAACCUGCACUGCACUCCUAGAGGAGAUAUUUCAAUAUACGUGACUGAAGCGUCAGGCUCCUGCAUCGAUUGCCCAAUAAGGCCUGCCCAUGUGUUUCUACAGCUCCCUUCCAAUUUGUGUGAUAGGGGGAGGGUUGAGGAGCUGAGGGCGUUACUUAUAUAUGAUUUGUGUGAACUUGGAUUUGCAAAAUCCAUAGUUACUAAGAAAAUAAAUCGUAGUUGCGACUCUUGUGGGACGUUGUUUAAAGGCAAAGAGAUUGUUCUGGUCGCACACUAACUGUAACUAUAAAGCAAGAAAGACUUUCAUGCAUGGACGAAAUAUAUAUAGUAAGUGUUUUAUGAUCUUUAGCGGUACACGUUAAUUUUUGUUAAUUUCAUGUUACUCGCAAAGGUACAUUUAGGAAUUAUAAUUUAGAGACUGAAAUAUGUUAAAUAUAUGUGAACAAGCAUCCUUUGUGUAUCUCUAGAUGUUUUCGGCACAAUGUAUGUGUACAAUAAACGAUCAAAUUCAAGGAGCCGUAUACUUAUGAAAGUACAACAUUUACAGUACAUUUUGCAUCUGUGUGAGAACGGAUUUAGAAGUAAUAACAGUGCUUAAAGGCUUUAUGAAGAAAUGUGGUUCUAGAAAGAAACAAUACCAAAAUUUAUUUCAGGAAAUAUGCACUAUGCACAAGUAGAAUUAAUGCCUUAGACAAAUCCUACAAUAUAUAAAUAUAUAAAAUACAAGAACUGCAUGACAGUUUGUAACUUCAUUAAAUUAUAAAUGUUCCUUAAUGUUAAAUCCACACCAAACACUUCGUAUGAACAUUGACAGCCGACAACCCUUGUGAAAGUAAUUCCUCAACGAAUGAAUUUCCAUAAGAAUCCAGUAUUCUAGUAAUAUUCCUUUAAUAAAGUUUUAAUUGUACUACAACUAUUACAAAGGAUUUUAACUCCGACGAGAAUAAGAUAAGAAAAGAGUUUCCUUAGAUAUAGACGACCAAACGUUCCAGCAUAUGUUUUUUACAACAUAAUUAUAAAAAAAAAAACUUUAUCUUAUUUGGAAAGAAAGUUACCGGGAGAUUCUAAAGGGUUCUUUGUUUUUUGUUUUGUUUGUUUGUAUGUUUUGGAUUAAACGCCGUUUUUCAACAGUAUUUCAGUCAUGUAACGGCGGGCAGUAAACGUAACUAGUGUUCCUGGAUUCUGUACCAUUCAGUACAAACCUGUUCUCUGCAAGUAACUGUCAACUUCUCCACAUGAAUUAUCAGUGGUGGAGGACGAAUGAUUUCAAACACAAUGUAUUUUAUCAAAUCGUCACGGAGAUCAUACGCUCCACCCGGGGACGGAACUCUGCGAUCCGUAGACCAAAGCUCUUCCUACUGAUCUAAGCGGGCGGGCUUUUGUAUUUUGAUGUUUUAAUGUACAUUUUUUUGUAUUUUGAUAAGUUUACUUAAAGUUUCCAGGUUUAAAGGUUUUUUAUCUGAAAUAAAUGGGAGCUAUUAUGUUCCGCGGUUAUAUAAAUAUUUUUUUGUAAGAAAAUAUUUGUUAUGUGUGAUUUAUUUCAAUAAUCAUGUAAAUAAUUAUGUAAUUUGACUGGAUAUUGAUUGUCAAUUCUAUGCAUCUAUUGUAAGUCAUUUGUAAUUUUGUAAAAGAAUGAAAGUUUUCUUAGCUUGAUGUUAUUGUAUAUAUGUUUUAUACUGAUGUUUGUAAUUGGUUGAAACACUAAUAAAAUAGCUAUAGCUAAAUGGACGUAAAUGCAUUUCAUUUAUUUUGUAAGUAUCUUGUGACUUUGUCUAAAUAGAUUUAGGUAGGUAUUAAGAUUAGAUAAAAUUAUGUGAUUGCAUGAUUCAAGUUUUCUGUCAGACUGACAUGUUACUAACAAUUUUUUAAAAUAAGUGUAAAAUAUCAAACUUGUCCAAAUGUAUUAGCAAAAAAGCUAAGUAUUGCGUAAGAAGAAUAUCGGACAUGAACACGAAGAAAUUGUUUUAGCCUUUUAACAGUGUAUCAGCUAAACAUUAAUUUUGAUCAUACGAAGUACAAUGAAUUUCUAAGGGUCAAUAAAUUUUAAUCUAUUCUGGUGACAAGGAAUACUACAUCCUAAUAUUUAAUAUAUUUUGUAAAUAGAAAUCAGUACACUUCAUACUUUGUCUUAUAAUUGUCUUGUAUAAUUAUGUACCAGUUUUCUUCUUGUAUUUAUAAUCAUGCACGAAUGUUUAUUGUAAAAUCCAUUGGCGUAUAGAUUGGUUAUCUAAAUUACCAUAAAGAAUUGAUUGAAUUGCAUUUACGUUUUACAAUAUAUAUUUAGCAAAAUGGCUUUUUAUAUAUUCCUUUUACACAUAAAACUACAGUUUUUCGAUAAAGGAUAGCUAGCUUUGGUGCUCGUUGUUCAGUUAAAGAGAGAAGAACCGAUAUUAAUUGCUGCAUGCUUGUGAAAUAUCGGUGGCGAGAAGUCUCUGAUAAGCAAUUACUUUCUGUUCUUUUAAAAUGAUGUUUAGUAAAUCAAUUUCAACUUGGUUAAUGGAGAGGAAUGUCGCUAUAUCUGAAUCGUUAUCAUUGAUUUGUUUACUUUUCUGAUGCUGUGUUCAAUGAAUGACGACUUCUUUCUAAUUGCAUUAAAGUGUUUACCUAA